GUGGGGGAGUGAAAGGGAAUCCUGUGGCGAGCCAGGAAGGGAGAAAGACAGGAACUGGCGCGCCCGUUCUCAGGAGCCCCACAGAAGCUACUCAUUUGUUGCUGAGCCUGAGGUGGGAUUGGCCGCUCCCGGCAGAGUUGAACGAGAGGAGGGGAAGGGAAGGGAAGGGAAAGGAAAGAGAAGGUGGGAGCUGCUGCUAUCACUGCUUCUGGCGCGCGCACGCAUAGGCACACACACACACACACACACACACACAUUCUCUCUCGCCUGCGACAGACUUGCUCCCAGCCCUUCGUCUCCUCUCCCUCCCACCCCCAAUCUCUCUGGAAAAGCUUGCAGUCUCUCCUGUUGUCCGCAAAUGGAAACUCGCAGCCGUCUCAGCAGCGCCAUGCAGCCUCCUUCACCUCCUCAGGCGCUCCUCUAAGUGCAUGCCAUGCUGCUGCCGCUCCUCCCGGCUCUCCUGGCCGCUUUCGCGCCACCCCACCCAUGCCGAGGCUGGUCUCCCUCGGCUGCUUCAGACUCGGGGCAAGAGGAGCCUCCGGAGCUCACGCUGCCGCCCAUGAACUUCUCUGCCUCCUCUGCUGCCGCACCAAAGCCCUUGGCAACCGGAGGCGCCCUGGCCGCGGACUUCCAUGAAGGGCGCGAAGGAGCGACCGAGGCGGCGGCAGCAGAGGCGGGCGACCCCCGCGCCACCACCAGCGCGGCUCCUGCCGCCGCCGCCCCUUCUCCUGAGCCGCCUCGCCCCGCGCCUCAGCAGCAGCAUCCCCGCGAGGAGCCACCGUGCAACAUUAGCGUGCAGCGGCAGAUGUUGAGCUCGCUGCUGGUGCGCUGGAGCCCGCUGGGCUUCCAGUGUGACCUCGUGCUCUUCUCCACCAGCGGCCCCGGCGGGCGUGCCUUUUUCUCAGCCGCCUUCCACCGCGUCGGGCCACCUCCGCUGCUGAUCGAGCACGUUGGGUUGGCCGCCGGCGGCGUCCAGCAGGACCUGCGCCUCUGCGUGGGCUGCAGCUGGGCGCGGGGCAGGCGCGUUGGCCGCCUGCGCCCGGGAGGCUCCAACCCGCCUUCCUCGUCGUCUCCUUCCUCUGCUGCCCUCUUCUCUUCGUCCUCCCUGCCCACGGCGGAUCAUGGACAGUCGUGGCAGCAAGGGGAGCGGCUCCAUUUCUGCUGUCUGGACUUUAGCCUGGAAGAGCUCAAAGGGGACCCCGGCUGGAGGAUGAACCGAAAGCCCAUCGAGUCCACCUUGGUGGCCUGUUUCAUGACUCUGGUCAUCAUAGUGUGGAGCGUGGCCGCCCUCAUCUGGCCGGUGCCCAUCAUCGCCGGCUUCUUGCCCAACGGCAUGGAGCAGAGGAGAAACGUCGCCACCACGGGAAGCACAUCUGGGGCAGCUACUGCUGCUAAAUGACGCCCCCCCCCCACCCGCUCCCAACUUCCUCCAGUUCGCCUUCGCUUUUACUUGGCUGUCCGAUCGAAUCCGGGUCGUAUCGUUGUUGUGGGCACUAGAUGGGCCUCUGAACUGAGGACCUUAUAAUUUUUUUUGUAAUGUUUAAAGGAAUAUAUUUUGUAGAUUACGUUAACUGCAGAAGACUGGACUCAGGUGGAAAUCUAAUAGCUGGAAGGUUUCUCGCCAGUGAAUCUUUCUGGGAAACUUCUUACCCCCUGCUUCUAGCCUAAUAUUAAAAGGGGAUUUAUAGAGAUAUUUAUCAUGUGCUCAAAUUGAAAAAAUGACCAAAACCUGUGUAUUUGCUUUAUAUAUUUAAAAACUCUUUUAAGUCAAUAUUUUAGUAAACAUAGCACACUCAAACAGUGCACUUUGCAGUAGUUGUAAGUCAAGAGAACUUAUUUGUUUACUAAAAGAGGAACCUUUUUUGGCAGGAUUUAAGUUUGCUAACACUAAUAUACUCUGUCUGUGUGUGUGUGUAUACACACACAUACACACACAUAUGUUAUUGGAUAACCUGGAAUUUAAUUAUUCUUUUACAACAUGUGUGUUUCUAAUUGGAGAUAAUGUAUGAUUACUAUCGUGAGUCUGUUGGAUUAUAAAUACAUUGAUUUUCUUUGUUGGUGUUUAAA